UAACAUCAGAAUUUGCCCUAGACACCUCGUUGUUCACGGUUUGCGGAUCCAGUUCAAGGUCUUAGAGGCCAUGAACUCCAAUGACAGACCGUAAAAUGCAAUUGAUUCUUGGAUGCCCGCGCUUCACUGUUACGGGGCAAUUGUCACGGUCUAGCGAUCGUGACAAUUGCGUCCAAACAGUGACUUUGGACUUUUCUUCUGUCUUUUUGCGCUUUUCGACCUCCAAUUGUCCCAAAAUUAAUCCUCGACCCUUCCACGCAUGCUAGGACCCGAAAUGUAUCAAAACAAGCACAACCUAGCGUGAAAUAUGUCGAGCUACGAUGAAAUGCAAAGGCAAACGAUCAAUAUAUGAGGGAAAAAAUAUGUACAAUUGGACCCGAAUCACUAGCCAAUGAUAUUCCAUCACAACCUCUAAGGGGUUGUCAUUUUCACAACCUACCUUCUAGCCAUAAUAUCCAUUAACUUUCCUCCCUUUUUUAAAUUGAUAGACAAGAUCGCAUGAAGGGUAAUUUUGGAACAAAAAUAAUGCCACAUGUGAUCUCUCCCUAUUAUUUAUUCAUUUCUCACAAGUAACAACCCCCCUCCUCACGUCCUCUCCCCCAACUCUCCUCUCUCUUCCCUCCCACACAAAACCCUAGCCGCCUUCCCUUCCUCCAUCCCUCCCUUCCGCCGUUGUCCUCACGCUGCUAAUUCCUCCCUUCUCCCUCCUCAUCUCCUCCUCAUCAUUGUGUUCCCUUCCCGCCGAAUCUCCUCCCGACCACGACGAGGUCGCCUGUUGUUUUCCAAUCUCGCGUCGUCGACGUCAUCCAUUGACACAGUCAUCGCCUCUAUCCCGCCAGUUGCCAUCCUCUCUCCCGUCGCCCUCCUCCACUGACGUCGUCGUCGCCUCUCUUGGUGUGCGUCCCUCCGUCACUACUCUUUCUCCCCUCCCCUUUGCUUUUUUAGAAUUGUGAUAUUUUUAUUUUCAAAUCUGAUUUUUUUUGUUUAUCUCGAGUGAUAGUUUUUUCGUCUAGUGGUAGCGUUAUCGAUGGAGUGGUAGCACUACCGCUCCAUCUGGUAACGUUUACCACUGCACUGAUAACACUACCAGAUGUAGUUGUAAAUGUUUUAACGCAAUGGUAAUGUUACCAGAUGAGAGUGGUACAUUUUUGAACGCAUUGACUAUUUUUGCAAGUUGUCGGAGGGAGUCUGACGGUUCCCGUAGAAACUAUGUUAGUUGGAUUUAAACUCUUUAUUGUAGGAAGAGAGAUAAAGAGAGAAAUGUAUUUAUUAUAUGAUUUAAACUAAAAAAACAAUGCAUUGAAUAUGAGUUUUUUAAUUUCCAAAGUAUAAUAAAUACAAGAAAUAAUUACUUAAAUUCUUUUAAGAUGUAACCAAAUUGCCAUUGGUUGUCAGUGAGAGGAUUUUGUCUCAUUUUUCAUUUUCUCUCCUCUCCAGCCUAGUAGCCUAUGCCUUGCUCGUGAAGUAGCUGUUCUGCGUGAUACCAACGUCGAAGAACGGGACGAGAGAAACUAGAAAUCAGCGGCAGCGGCCGGCCAUUCUCCUCCGUUUGCCGUCAUUCGAGAGUUCACUGAUGUCUCUUUCCCCUGAAGCAAUCUGCAGCCACACCUUCAAGUUUUCGUGCAUUUCCUGGAGUUGGGAAUCAGCUUCAAACCUGAAAUUGGAAAACCGAAAUUCAGCUCGCCGCCUGCUUCAGACAGGUCAGUGCUUCUCCGUUAUUUGUUUCCGUUCAAAUGGUGCUGCUGCCCCGAACUUUACCUACUCAGAGAGUUGAUCAGCUCUUACCGCUCGUUACGACUGAACCCGACGACCCCUUGGGGUCUGCUUUUACCUGAAUUUUGAUCUUCUGAUGAUCGGUCUCAUUGGCUGUCAAUGGUGUCAUCGUUAGCAUCGCAUGCAGCAUUGGCUCGCUCGGUUGGAUUGUAUUUCAAUUUUCUUCUUCCUCUUCAUUCUCCUUUUCCCUACUGGACUGUGUUAUUGGAAAAAAAUUUCACCAAGGUGUGGGAAGGCGGAGAUGGAGCUGCAUGCUGUCAUAACUAGUAGCUUCUUUGUUGUUCAAUCUUUUCUGCGUUGAUGACAAUUUUGAGAAGGUGGGUGGGCUUCAGUGGGUGUUCUUCCGGACUGGGAGGUUGUGUUGGGUUAGAUUUUGUAUGUUCUCAUGAAUCUAAUACCCCUGUUGCUGGUCCUUCACUUCUUAGUGCUUCAGGUGUUUUUUGUUCUUGCUAAUUUGGGGCUUUUGCUAUAGAUGAUAUUGUUAGGAUCAUAGGUUGCAAGGGCGUGUCGCAGUGCGGUUCAACCUGUGUAGAAAGAUGCUAAUGAUUCUGAUUUCUUCAUGCUGGCUUGCCUUUUGAGUCCUUCCUUUGCCAUCUUUGGUUCUUGCCUUUAGAAAUGUGUUGGGUUUAUUUAGUUAUUGUAUUGUAUGUGAAGCUAGAUUAAUUCUGAUUUAUGCACUUGUGCAGUGAAGCUGUUAAGUAGGGAUGGCGAGCAUGAUAGCUGUUAACUUGGAGCCAGAUCGUCUGAGGGUUGGAUCUCGGGGAAGUAUUAACCGGAUGGUUGAACAAGUACAACAGGAGAAGUACACGAGCCAAUAUGCAGGAAAUGACGUGUUUGAGGAUAAUAGAAGCCGAAAUACCUCAAAUGCUGCCCAAACUGGGUCUACUUUGUUGGAGCAGGGACAGUCUGCAGUGGAUGAUGCUCGAGUUUCAUCUACCUCUGCCUUGCCUUCAGCACCAAUUUGUCGGCAGUUUUGGAAGGCUGGGAACUAUAGUGAUGCACAUGGCUCCAGAGUCAAUCUUCAGAGUAUGCUGCAAAAAUACUUAUAUUACAUGAUCAAGGCCAUUGAACACUAGGUUUUUACUCCUUAAUUGCUGCCAGAAAGCUAUUCCCUGCACUUAUGUAAAACCAUUGAUGAGUGAUGCAUUUCUGAUUUGUGCCUUUUUCCUAGCAACUGGAGGCUGCCUUUUGCGGUUUCCUUUAAUGUUGAGUUACAGAGUGAUAUAUUCAUUAAGCAGCUACAUUCCAUUGUCACCCUAAUCUUUCUAGCUGACGUUCUUUCAAUCUGUUGGAUGCUAGGUGGAAAAACCUACCUUCAUGUUCACCCUAUGUUUCUUCAUUCAAACGCCACUUCGCAUACGUGGGCAUUUGGUGGUAUGUAUGGUUGAAGCAGUUUUUCAAUCACUUUUCGUUGCUUUUGUGUUAGUUUACCAAUUUGUCUGUAUCUAACUUUCCUCUAUAUGACCACUUUCAGCAAUUGCGGAAUUGCUUGACAAUGCCAUUGACGAGGUAAUAUUUUCACCCUAAUUACUUAGUUAAAAACAUGUUUGACCUUUUUAGUUGUGACCUUGUUUUAGUCACAAGUCAUUUAUAGUUCAGCAUAAACUGAACACGUGCAUUAAGAUGAUUGACUAGCUUUCAUAAGAUUGUCUUUGUUAGUGUUGUGGUAUAUGAUCCACGAUUGAACCUCUCCCAACAACUCGAGUUAUUGGGAGCAACUGGUUCUUUACAUGGUAUCAGAGCCUUCUGUGACCGAGAGGUCUUGUGUUCGAUUCCCGGUGACCCCCAUUUGUUAAGCACAUGGUAUUCUUGUCUUCAGACCUGUGCAAAUUUCAAGCCCUUGUGAGUGGCUUUCAUUUGAGGGGGCGUGUUAGUGUUGUGGUAUAUGAUCCACGAUUGAACCUCUCUCAUCAAGUCGAGUUAUUGGGAGCAACUGGUUCUUUACAGUCUUGCUAUACUUUACGAAAGACAUUGUGAACUAUAGUCUAUACUUAAAAACCACAAUUGUCUCAAGGAUGUGGUUUAGUAAUUGAACUUGUGAUGCAUAGCGUUUUGGAAUAGGUUGAAAGGUUAAAAUAUUAGAUCAUUUUUCAUCUUCUCAAUGAAAUUCAUAGGAAAGCUCCUUGGCUUAUACAUGCUUCAUGGUUGAACUACCUAAACCUUGCUAUGCUGAUACUUUUAGAUGGCUGAGCUGCUGCCAGUAGGCCUGUGGGUACACUAAUUGCUAGUAACUUUAUUUUUUGGAUAACUGUGAAUUGAAUUUAUUAAUAGUAGAAGAGGGCUAGUAACUGUUUCGAGCAGCCGAGUAUUUGGCGAGAACUGCUCAAUAAUAAUGUGGACUUCCUAGCUGCUUUAAUCUUUCCUUUUAUUGGAUAGAUCCAAAACGGGGCCACUUUUGUCAUGGUAGACAAAAUCUCAAAUCCAAGAGAUGGAAGUUCAGCAUUGUUAAUCCAAGGUACUCCUUGUCUUUCUUAAUGGCGCAUACUCCUUCAUGUUCAUGUGCUCUUUCCUGUCUUUCUUAAUGAAAAUAUUUUGUGGAUGAUGAACGUUUCUUACUUCUUUUCAAUGACUUGGUAUCCCUGGAAACUAGAUGAUGGUGGGGGAAUGGACCCUGAAGCAAUCCGGCAAUGCAUCAGUUUUGGGUUCUCUGAUAAAAAAUCUUCAGAAGCUAUUGGACAAUGUAUGCAUUUUAAAUGACAAUUCUAUGUAUCUCGGAAAGUUUCCUUUGUAUCUUUUAGUUAUUGCUGUUGAAUGCGGUGUUGCAGAUGGUAAUGGCUUUAAAACCAGCAGCAUGAGGCUUGGAGCUGAUGUUAUUGUCUUUACUCGCCAUAUGGAAGAAAGGUUAGACCAAAUCAUUGAAAGCACAUUACAACUUGUGUUAUGCAUAGGAGUAAUCAACUAAUCAAGUUAGGAUCUAGUUUGGUAGAGUACCUUUUUCCAAUUAGAAUCUGUUGUCAACAUUCUAGCUGUAGUGAGGCAAAAGGGCCACUAAAUGAUACCUCUAAAAGAUCUGGUGGUGAUAGAUAUUAGUAUUUAUCCUUUCACUUUGAGGAGCACCUUUAGAAUUGUAUAUUCCAUGAAAUCAAAUGGAUAAGUUUUCCGUAGCUGGCAUGCAAUAUGGAAGUUGUUUAUCUUGAAGGGUUCUCUGAUAUGGAUUCAUGAUAAGCUUCUGAAUUUCACUUACAAUUCUUCUUUGUACAGUGAUACUAGCCACUUUUUGGCAAUUUGUUUUGGUCAAAUAAUGUACAAAGCAAGUACGGGUGGCCCCAUAAUUGUGCUUUAUUAUGUUGUAAUAGACUGUAGUUGUGUGCCAAAAAAAAUUGUGUUGUCUGGUAUUCAUCGUUAGACCCAUCUAAUCUUUUUAUUCCAUGCGUUCUAUACAGGUCUGCGACUCAAAGUAUUGGUCUCCUCUCAUAUUCAUUUUUGAUGCGGAUGGGUCAUGACCGAAUAAUAGUUCCAAUGGUGAGUGCCAGCAUCAUACUUGAGAUACGUUAGUCUACUUGCUUCUUCCUACUUUAUGUUAGGAACUGUAUCAUGUGGAUAAGGUGUUUAUGGUGCUUAAAUAUGUGAGUGGGUGACAUAUAUUGUUCUGCUAGAUGGGGCACGCCACCCUUCAGGUUCCACUUAGAAAUUUGACCAGCGAGCAAUCUUUUCUCUGAAAAUUUUACUUUGUAUCUCUUGUUAUGCAGGUGGAUUAUGAGUUCAAUACAGAUAUUGGGAAGUUCGGAAUUUCUAGGCGGCAUACCAAUGAGUCUUUCCAGGCUAAUCUUUCAUUACUUUUGCAAUGGUCUCCAUAUUCAAGCGAAACAGAGCUGUUGAAGCAGGUGAAUCUCAUUUUUAAGAACUUACUACUAAAUUACAUUGGAGAUUUUGUUGGCAGUUCAAUAUCUAUAUCAUCUCACACCUCGUUUGGGUGCCCAGUAGGGGAACUAUAUAAAUCUAUUAUCUGAUGGAAGGCAUGAAGUUUGGUCUCUAGUGAGGGAAUUUGAAAAUUUGAACAGAGUGCAGCCUUCGAAACCUCUCUUCUCAAAUUUUGUGAAUGCCUACGCUAUAGCUCUUCUUUUACAAUCAUCGAGUGAUCAGCCACUUUCAUUCUCACACUCUAAAUUUAGUAACCAAACAUUAUUCGUUGCAGUUUGAUGAUGUUGGAUUACAUGGGACAAAAGUUGUGAUCUAUAACCUGUGGUACAAUGAUGAUGGCAACUUGGAGUUAGACUUUAAUAAAGAUCCUCAGGUUUGCCUUUGUUGCUUUCUCCCAAUGAAUUGAAGCUUCUUAGGCUGUGUACAAAACUGAUAUUGCUAGAAGUGGUUUUUGUGUUAGCAUCAUUCACUUUUUCAUUUUAAUGAAAUGGCAGUUCAAGCUUUUUGGGAACUUCAGACAACUAUUAAUAACUAGUCAAAGUGAUCACAAAGUGAAUGGUCGAAGAAAGGAUGUGUCAUAAAUGGGAAGUCACUGCAAGUAUUUCUUAAGCAUAUUUGAAAAGGUCCUGAACGAAACAAUACAAUGCAUUUAUGGAGCUUAUUUAGAAAGUAUGCAUGGCUUGUAAUUCGAUUAUAGUCUUGAACAUUUUCUCCUGUUUCUUGUUAUUCUUGAGUUUUCCUAGAACAUAGCGGCCUAUUGUGUACUUGUCCUAUAUCCAUAAGGCAACAGGAGAAUGAUGAAGUCAGUCCCUUUUCCUUAAUUCUUGCUUCUCCAUCAAACUUUAAUAUGUCUUGACCUCUUGCAGUACUAGGCAUUUAUUUCAUCCUUAAACCUUAAUCUGAUAGAAAAUUUUCCACAUACAGAAAAAAAAAAAUCAAUAAAAACUUAUGUAAAUGCAACAGACAUGCAGCUGUUCGCUUUUAAUAUUAUCAUCACUUGAAUGACCGCGGGAGAUCAGUAAAUCCAGAAUUUCCAUAACUAUGAGGUUAUAAGAGAACCUUCCAGGCUUAAAUUGUUGUUUGGUGUUACAUUUUAGGACAUUUGUAUUGAAGGAGAUACAAGAAAGGUAGAAUCGCUUCCUGCUUGGAGGACAGUAAAGGAACAGCACAUUGCCAAUCGCUUACAUUACUCUCUACGUGUAAGUUAAUUGUGAAACACACUCCUUGCAUUUACCAUGUGAGUUUUUUAAUCUAUCUAAUUUGCUUCGUAGGCAUAUAUGUCCAUAUUGUACCUGCGAAUUCCUGAAACUUUCUGUAUUAAAUUGCGUGGCCAAGUUGUUAUGCCCCAUAAUCUUGCUGAUGACCUCAAGUUUCCAGAAUAUAUCUUGUAUAAACCUCAGGCUGGGGGGUUAAGAGAGGUAUGCUAUCUUUUCUAUUCGUGCUUAUUUUCUCAAGUCUUGGCUCUUAUUAUUCCCACCCAUGUGUCUCUAGAUUGGAGAUGCCUGUUCGGGGCCAUUUUAGACAACCUCUACUUUGCAGUUAAAAAUCUAAGUGAUACCACAAAUAUCUGAUGGGUUGCACUUUGUCAUGCUAUUUCUAAUCUUUUAGUUCAGAUUGUUGUGGUUGUUUCAUUGUUUAAAUUGUGAUUUUACUAUGCUUCCUAUUAGAUAUGUUUUCGUGUGGUGAAGAGUUGUAGUAGGGACUGAUUUUGGAACUAUUCAUUAGACAGAAGUCUAAAUUUCUGAUCGUUGAACACUGGAACUUGUUUAAAUCAUAUACCUUUAUCUAGUACGAUGAAGAAGGUGGUUUGCCUAUGUGCAUCACAAUAAAUGAAGCUGUGAUGCAUAUGUCUGUUUUUCAUGGCUUGUAUUUGCACCUUGUUUCAUUUGUUAUUUGCUGCCCACUACACUGCAAAGCAUAGCUACCAUAUAGUGAUGGAGUUUGUAUUCCUCUUAAUUCACUUUCUAGGUUAACGUGAUAACUACAAUUGGGUUUGUGAAAGAUGCUCCACAUGUCAAUAUCCAUGGCUUCAAUAUUUAUCACAAGAACCGUCUAAUAAAGGUAAAUUUAUCCA